AUGUCAACGUCCCAGGGAGUCAAUGUACUCCGGUGGUCAGCUCUUAUUGCAGGUAUCUUCUAUGGAUUUUCGCACCAAAGAACCAUCACCGCACGUACUGCAGCUGCACACGAGAAGGCCGAAUACGACCACAAAGCCGAGUUAAUACAAAAAGCAAAGCUGGAAUGGGCAAAAAAGACGUUACCUCCUCAGUCGAAGACCGCUAGUGGUGACAUUAUUACGGACCCCAACGACAAGAAUUUCGAUCUUGAAGCAUACCUGACAAAGCUUUCCGCAGAGAGCUGA